ACAAGAUGAGUGAUAUGAAACAGCCAGUCCGCGAGCCCCUCCAGAGGAGAAGAUCUUUAGGCCCGAUGUCCCCUAACCACGUCAAGAGACUGUAUCGUAAUCUGUCGUUCAGGUUAAAGGGAAACUCGACCUCAGAUGAGACCGGGCUGAUCAAAAAGACGGACAAGGAUAGGAACAGGAAAGCCUCGUCACUGAGUGUACACUAUAAUUCGGUCUUCGACGCUGUGGAGAACGGAGACAUUGAUGCAGUUCAGAGGCUCCUGGGUGGAGACACAACGAGGGAUGGGCUGAACGGUGUUAGCACCGAGGGUUUGGUGCCUUUGGACAUCGCUCUCCUGACCAACAACGUGCCGAUGGCAAGACUCCUAAUGAAAGCUGGAGCCAAGUUCAAUCACUUCUCUCUGGACGAGUGUCAGUGGGUCUCGCGACUCGCCGCUCUGGUGUUGACGGCGGAAAACAAGGUCAGAGAGCUAUCCGAACACUCGGGAGGGCCUCCUGAUCCCGACUGGCAGAGAAACCGACGGGAACGUCACGCCUGGAGGUUACGGCACAGGCUGUGGAGGCAGAUGCGAUCGGUCUUUGAAAACGCUCGAGUUCCUGAGCCUCCAGCCAACGUGUGCCUGUUAGUCAGUGACACCAACUCCCUGAGCGUGACGUUCCAGGAGCCGCCAAAGAACAACUCGCUGAUAGUCACCAGAUACAGAGUGGAAUGGAGUCACUCGGAAACCUUCAACCCCAUCCAAGGAGAUACUAUCGUUGAGGACCCAGAAGCCUUGCACUGCACAAUUGGAGACCUCACUACAGGAACACUCUAUUAUGUCCGGGUCUCAGCGAACAACAUAAAGGGCUGGGGACGGCCCCAGGUUACAAUGCCUCCAUGUGCCGCUCCCUCCAGCUGGAAGGAGUGUUCUGUUGUGAACCUGAGACCAAAGGAGCAAAGCCAAGCCGUCCAGCAAGUCCUGCAACAAGUCUGGGAUCCCGGCUAUCGUAGCUUCUUCCACGACACGGCCAAGGUUCACCCGCCCAGUAAGAAGCUCUCUGUGUCUCGGAGUCUCAAGUCGCUUUUCCAGAGCUCCAGCAAGUUUGUCAGGACUCUACAACGGGGUGUGUACUUGGCAGCCAUUUUCUUCCAGAAGGAUAACAUCCUGCUUACGAAUGAAGAGCAGCUGCCGAUCGUCGAGAUUGACGGUUCCUGCUCCAGCUUUGACAUGCAGGAGUUUCUCUGGUUCACAAAGCUCUCUUGCAUGUGGAAGGACAUUCAACAGUUACAGCAGGGAAUGAGCUCAGCACUCUCCUCUUCCUCCUCAGUGCUACAGACGAGACAGAAGAUGCUGUUGGCAACAGCUCAGCUACAGAACUCGUUGGGGACCCAGGACCUGGGAAGGGUGUACUUUGAGCCGAUCAAGGACAAACUGGGGAAUGUGUUGAUCCUGACGGUGAAGGAAUUACCUCCGUCACAGACACUGGAGAAUGUGAGAUGGUCUGCCCUUUCCAAGCUCCAGAGAUCAGUGUCUCCCCUCAAGGAAUCCACUGCCCUUGACCUGUUGUUUGCAACCAUCAAGGAGAAGCUGGCCUACCACCGGAGGAGCAGUCAACACUUGCCUCCAGGCCUCUACCUUGGGUACCUCAAGCUCUGCAGCUCCGUUGAUCAGAUCAAGGUCCUCGUGCCUCAAAAACUACCCAACGUUUUGUGCCACACCAAACUGCGGGACAACAAGAAUGUGUCAAGGGAGGAGUGGGUUUGGCUGCAAAGGCAGACAUCACCAAGUGAUUCCGUAGGCUCAGGCGAGCACACAGGGAGUCCUCAGUGUCCGUUCUUAAAGGGACUUUGUACCGGUGUUAAGAGCCUCCUGAAACAGCUGGAUGUCCCUCUAUGGCAGGCCAGAGAUUUCCGUCUGUACACGCAGCAAUUGCUGGAGUUUGGGAAGGAAGUCUCCUUCCUGUUGUUGCUGCCGCCCUCAGAUGAUGUGUGCUCAGCCCCUGGACAAGACGGACAGCUCUCGGGGUUCCUGACGCUCCCACUUCAGAUCUUCGAGCACAUUCAUUUCUGCACCUAUGAGCAAGAUCUUCUCGCCCAGUACUGCCAAGCCUCCAUCUUACUGGAGCUCGACUCCCUGCUAUCUCAGCAAGCUUUGAGAGAAGCCAUAGACAACUGUGAACUGGUGAAAGCCAAGGAGAAGCAUGGGCAGGUCACUGAUCUCAUUCAGCGUCUGGAUGAUAUAUGGAGGGAUGUGCGUUGGAUCACAGAUGUCCUACACUAUGCCAGAUACAGACAGCCUCCAACUGGAACCCUUCUGUCUUGCAUCUUAGACACAGCGACCUUGAUGAAACCAGAACUUUGUACAGACAACCAGAAUUCUACCAUCCAACCUGCAGGUGACGAGGGCAGCUUGGAUGAAGACGAUGUCUUUUGGCCCAUGGACAGCUGCAGUGAGCACAGCUGUGACUUCAGCCCCGGAGCGUCAGGCGAGGGCGGAGACACCGACCGGACCCGCACCCCUAGCCCUCGCGCCAGAACUUUCCACCGGAGCACGAGUCUGGAGCUGCAGAGAGGGACGUGUAAGAGACGCAGCCUCUUCAAGUUCUGGUCCCAGCCCAGGUCGACGGAGGAGGAAAGACCGGAGGAUACGGAUGGCGAGGGAAUCGUGACUUUCAGCAGCGUGCCUGCCCGGAAAACCCGACUCCCAGAGACCAGCCUGGUGGAAUGGAUCAACAGCUCGUAGCGGGGGCUAACCGCGAGAGAGAGAGAGAGAGAGAGAGAGAGAGAGCGGGGGCAGCGCAAGGGAGAGACAAUGCCUCCUCCUGGCCAAACGGCACCAAGACCCUUCGGGUAAUUUUUACAGCGGUAAUUGUGUUCGGCGGGAUGGGUGUCCUGGGUUUUAACGUCCGCCAGCGGUGGUUAUCGGGCAGGACGCUGAGGUGAAAGGACUUCACUUGUAGAAGGACUAUACAGGAUUCUCCCCCAACCUCCACCCUGGACUGCGCUGCUUAGACCCUGAGCUCAAACCCUGGCGUGGAUCUGAGGGACUUGAAGCUACACCACCUUCUGACCGGAGAGUACACCAGCGACCGGGGGCACACUGCAACGGGAACUGUUUGUAAGUCUGACCGCAGGGGCUUUUGUUACGGGUCGGCCCGGGAACCCCGGGGCAGAGUGGGAAGUAAAACAGGGAGAAACGAUA